UUCAGGCUGAAAACCAACAUGGCGGAUUUUUCAAUAAAAGAGUAUUUAGAUGAGGCUUCUCAAGCACUUGGUUUUCGAGAAGGUGAUCUCAUUGCUAAAUUUGUGUCAUUUAAACACUCUCACAUUGCUAGUCGUCAGCUUCAGUUGGAAAAUGCGCAAGAAUUAUGUCAACGAUAUUUGGAUCCACCUUAUGAUGAAAUGUUUGCAGCACAUUUGAGAGCCUUAUGGGCUAUGAAUAAACAGGAUUUUAACGAAACCUUUGCUUGUCAGGCAGUUGUAGUACAAGCUUUUAUAAAAGCAUUUCAAGCACAGAAAGAUGAAAACUGGUCUCUUCCAAUUAUGAAGAGCGUUGUUUUAGAUUUGCGUUUGUUAGCUUUGCAAGCUGACCAGCAAAUAUCGAAAACAGGUCAAGGAAAAUCAGGGGAAACAUUGGAACGUGCUGCAGAAGUUAUUAUGAGUUGCUUUAGAGUGUGUGCUGCAGACAGUCGGGCAGCAAAAGAGGUUUCUAAGAAAUGGGGAAUGCUCGUGUUGGUGAAUCAUCUUUUUAAGAUUUACUUUAAGACAAAUCGAAUACAUCUUUGCAAACCAUUAAUACGUGCAAUCGACAGUUUGGCAAUAAAAGAUCAGUUCGAAAUAUCAAAUCAGGUUACAUAUAGGUACUAUGUUGGAAGAAAGGCUAUGUUUGACAACGAUUUAAAACUUGCUGAAGAGUAUUUAGACUUUGCAUUCAAACGUUGUCAUAGGAGCAGUGUGAAAAAUAAACGAUUGGUUUUGAUCUACCUUGUUCCAGUUAAAAUGCUUGCGGGUCGUCUGCCGCCUAACGAAAUUCUUCAAAAGUACGACUUGCGCCAAUACAGUGACAUUGUUAAAGCUGUAAGAACUGGCAACCUGUUGUUGCUCAACAAAACAUUAGAAACACACGAGCCUUUUUUUAUAGCAUAUGGAGUGUUUUUAAUAUUGGAGAAGUUAAAACUCAUCACAUAUAGAAAUCUUUUUAAAAAAGUAUAUAUUUUGUUAAAGACGCAUCUGAUCCCGCUGUCCGCAUUUGUUUCAGCGCUGCACUUUUUAAAGAUUGAUGAUAUGGACGUAAUUGAAGUCCAAUGUAUUGUCGCCAAUCUUAUAUUUGAGGGCUAUAUUAAAGGAUAUAUUUCACAUCAACACCAGAAGCUGGUUGUGAGCAAACAAAAUCCAUUCCCAUCAUUAACGUCGUUCUUGUAGCAAGAUAUCUAAAGACUAAACUUUCCACAAAGUAGAUUUAACUGUCAAUUGCUAUAUGCUUUACGUGUAAAUCAUGCAAGGCGUAUUUUUGCAAAGCAGACAGCCAUGAAGGGGGCAAAACAAGUUUGUGACUUUUGUUUGAAGAGUUGUGAACACGUGGGUGGCCUAGGGACGAAAGAUUCACUGGAACAUAAGUUUUCUACUGUCUCUUGCAAGAAACAACAGAACAGACCUCUUUGUCUAGUGUUUUUAGGUCGCGCAUUCCUAAUAUAUACCUACUAUUUCGGAUGACUCGUAUGCCUAUACUGAAUCAAUUUUGUUCCAAUGCAUGGAAUCAUAGGAAAGAUUAUGAGCGUACCUAUUAUAUAGGGCCUUUAUAGAAUACCUGCCUAUAGGGUUUUUAUAGAAUGCCUAUUAUAUAGGGAGUAUAUAGAAUGCCUGCUAUAUUGCUACUAUUGUACAUGGACAUGUAUGCAAUGGUGGUGUAAAAACGAAAAUGGUUUCCACCAACUAUUUUGAUCACAAUAUCCAACAAGCUGGAAGUACUGUUGCUAUAUAUAAACACGAUGUAAAGCAAGAGGUGAUGCCGGAGUUUUAUAUCAGACAUAACACGAUUUACUCGUGUUUUAAAUCGCUCAAGAACGUCUUUGUAAGACCUCCGUACACAGCAAAGAACUUUUGACAAGCAACAACAUCUAAACUGCGAAAAUAAAAGUUUUUUGCUGAUUGAGAGAAAUUGUAAUCGCCAAAAAACAUUAUUUAAAUGUUUUGAGUUUUAAAUGUUAAGAGAAUUAUAUUCACUUAUCAAUAUAGGUCGAUACUCCUAUUAUUAGUUAAUUUCGAAAAGUAUAUUUUUAAUUUCAAAAAUUUUUAAAGUUAAUGGCGUGCGUUGUCAUAUAUGAUUGGACAUUGUUAUUUGUUUCUGCCUAAUAAUUAAGAAAAGAUACAGUAGGAGGCAAAAGUUUGAGUCCAGUCGU